CUGCCGCCCGGCUUGGCUUCGCUUCACUUCGCUGCGCUUCCCUUCCCGCCUCGCCUCGCCCGCCGCAACCGCGCCCAUCCCGCUGCAUCCGGCCCGCUGCGCUUGCUUGGUUCUCCGGUGUCAGGAUAAGUAUUAUGAUUAUUAGGUGUCGUCCUUCAGCUCAUUUUUCUAUGGAAAGUCAAGGGAGCCGGACUGUGGGGGCGUUGAACAGCUUUGACGAACGGGACACUUUUAGAGAAUCCUGAUCAAGCUGCAGCGAUCCUGACAUACUUGACUAAGACAGGGGCACAGGUCACUUGUCUCGUCCUUUCGCCACGUCGGCACGCCGCGGUUUUCCUCCCUCCUUCCUCCCUUGUGUCCACCGCAUCUGUCAAGCCGGUGCGAAGCUGUCAGGAUGGUUGGAUUCAAGCCCACCGAAGUGCCCCCGACAGCCGCCGUCAAGUUCGUGGGUGCUGGAGCAGCUGCCUGCAUAGCCGACCUGCUCACCUUCCCCCUGGAUACGGCGAAAGUCAGACUGCAGAUCCAAGGCGAAGCGAAGCGGGCCGUGACAGCCAAGCCCACCAACUACAAGGGGGUCUUCGGCACCAUGGCCACCAUGGUGCGCAACGAAGGGCCCCGGAGCCUCUACAACGGCCUCGUGGCCGGCCUCCAGCGCCAGAUGAGCUUCGCCUCCGUCCGCAUCGGGCUGUACGAUUCGGUGAAACAGUUCUACACGAAAGGGUCGGAGCAUGCCGGCAUUGGCAGUCGUCUCCUCGCGGGCUGCACCACCGGCGCGAUGGCGGUGGCCGUGGCCCAGCCCACCGAUGUGGUGAAGGUCAGGUUCCAGGCGCAGGCCCGGAUGGAGGGCAGCCGCCGGUACCAGGGGACCCUGGAUGCUUACAAGACCAUUGCUAGGGAAGAGGGCCUCCGGGGCCUCUGGAAAGGGACUUCUCCAAAUAUCACCCGGAAUGCUCUUGUGAAUUGUACCGAGCUUGUGACCUACGACUUGAUCAAGGACACGCUCCUGACGUACAACCUCAUGACAGAUAACCUCCCGUGCCACUUCACCUCCGCGUUUGGGGCCGGCUUCUGCACGACGGUCAUCGCCUCCCCGGUCGACGUGGUGAAGACCAGAUACAUGAACUCUGCCCCAGGUCAAUAUGGCAGUGCCGUCAAGUGCGCCCUCGCCAUGCUCCGAAAAGAGGGGCCCCUGGCCUUCUACAAAGGUUUUACGCCCUCGUUUCUGCGGCUGGGGUCCUGGAACGUGGUGAUGUUCGUGACCUACGAGCAGCUGAAACGCGGCCUGAUGGCUGCCCGUGGAUCGCGGGAGGCGCCCUUCUAGCCGCCGGAUGGGUGCACUUGGCAGAAUCUGCCUCUGCCCAGCUCUUCCCUUUCCACCCCUUCCCGGCCGACGUGUCGACAUUUCUACCUCUCUGUGCAACUUUCUGCGUGUGGCUUCAAACGGCUUCUGUCGUGCCCUUGUGCUUCUGGUCCGCGACGAGCCCACUGCUUUUAGCAAUGGGUUUUUAAUGUGCUCUUGUUCAGCCUCUGUACUUUUCCCUUUUAAGAUUGUCCUCUUUGCUGGAAGCACCUCACUGAGUUUUGAAGAAUUUUAGACCGCAGAAACUCGAAUUUGAGGGCUGCAUGCGAGCGCUCGGUCAGCUUUUCUUUCUACGCAGACGGGCAGGCAUUUUUAAAGAUAGAUUUGAGAUAUUUAAGGUGCUUUAAUAAAGGCUAUGCAAGAGACCAAC